AUCGCGAGAGUUCUCAAAACUGCUCAGGCAAUCCAGCAGGCAUUCCUCUCCGGCUUGUGGGGUCCUAGAACCAGCCAUGAUGGUUGUCCCCUCUGUCAACUCGGCGCGUUUCUUCUGGGCUUUGGGGCCCAGGGUGCGGAAGACACUCCGGGCGAUUCCAGGAUUGACCCAGGUAAGAUGGAGCCGAUAUGAUGUGAAUUACAAAGAACCUCAACUUGAUAAAGACUUCUACCGUAAGCCCGUAGAGGAGCUGACUGAAGAGGAGAAAUUUGAGAGGGAUCUCAGAACCACACAGGUCUUCAAGGCUCCCCCAGCGUCAAAGACAAGCUCUUUGUUUGAGGACCCAAUGAUCAGUAAAUUCACCAACAUGAUGAUGAAAGGAGGAAACAAAAUACUGGCCAGAUCCCUGAUGACUGAGACUCUGGAAAUUCUCAAGAGAAAGCAGUUUCAGAAGUACCAUGCAGCCCCAGCUGAGGAGAGGGAGACCAUUGAGUGCAACCCCUACACCAUCUUUCAUCAGGCCCUAAACAACUGUCAACCUGUCCUUGGCCUGGUCAGCAUCCUUAAAGGUGGCCACUUCUAUCAGGUCCCAGCCCCGCUGAGUGAAAAGCGCCGACGCUUCCUGGCCAUGAAAUGGAUGAUUCAAGAAUGCCGGGAAAAGAAGCCCCGGAGAAUGCUAAUGCCAGAAAAACUGUCUCAUGAAUUACUGGAAGCCUUCCACAACCAAGGCCCUGUGGUCAAGAAGAAACAUGACCUGCACAAGAUGGCAGAGGCUAACCGAGCCUUUGCCCACUACCGCUGGUGGUAGAGGGUAGGAAGGCUGGAGCCACAAGGUGAGAGUUGGGCAAUAUUGCUCAGCCUUCUAUCCUUCUGCUGCUGGAAAGGUCAACCUGAGUAAAGGAGGGUCAUUAAUUUUUUACUAUUGGGGGCCAGGGACACUAACAAGGCAGGUUUCAGAUUGGAGUAGUGGGAGCUUAGAAUGCAUUCUCUUCAAGAUUCCCCUUGUAGCCUUGUCACUAUUUACUGGUCUUGCCAGAAAUUAGAGUAAAACAUCCAUUUGGUUCCUGUUUGUAACAUGCAUGUUAAAGGGUGGGGAGGCAUCUGAAUGGGGAAUCACUCAAGCUGUGCCAUCCUGGGUGCCAUACCCCUUCCCCCCAACAUUUGUCACAUUUAACUUCCGUUCAGAGGAAGAACACAUGCUUGGGCUCUGCACAUGAACUCAGUAAAGCUGUUUCCAAUACCUCAGUUCUAGUUGAGCCUUUGGGUUUUGGAAAAAAAAGAAGCAGCGUUCACUUUAGAAAAGGUUUACUAGAAAAGUCCUACACUGGUUCAUAAUAAAUUACAUAUAUAUGUUUAUAUAUUUUUAAAUCCCACACUGAACCAGUGUUUUGGUCAGCAGCUCAUUAAAACUUGUCUGGAUAAAA